ACAUAUCCAUUACCCACUUGAAUAGUGCCAAAAAACUCUCAUUUUCUCUUGUAUUUAUCCUCAAAUCUACUACUCCCACAAACCUAAGAAGAUCAACAAACAACCACCCUCUCCCACACAUAUAUAUACACAACAUAAAUAGAUCAAACAGUAUACAAUACCACAAACAAGAAGAAGAAGAAUACAAUGAAUUACAUAUUCGAAAAUCAAGAAUGCAGCAGCGGUUGUGAGUCAGGCUGGACUCUCUACUUCCAGCAGUCUUAUAAAACGGAAGACGAUUCGCCUGAGCCCCGGACGAAGAGAUCUACCGAGGAGGACGACGAAGAUCUGUCUAUGCUGUCGGACGCCUCGUCCGGGCCGCCUCAGGUGCAUGAGGAAGAAGGCAGCUGCUAUGAUAACUACGCUACGCUUUCUCAACCGUCGUCGGAAAGGAAGAAGAAAAGGGCAAAUCGAUGUCGGAAAAAGGUGCCGGAGCGCUCCUCUUUGCUCGACGACACUGCUAGCUCGUCGCUUUACGGCUACUGCAACAAAACAAGAAGGCAGGCAUCAGUGGAGAAUGUGGUGGAAUAUUCACAAGGCUACUCCUCAACUCAGUUUGAGGUGAGACCUACAUAUGUAGAGGAGCAUUAUGAUUUCUUGCAGUCUGGAAACCAACAACUUCUGCAGCAAAACCACAGGUGGUUUGAAGGUAAAAUGUGGUGACUGGUGAGGCAAUGAGAUGAUGUAAUAAUGUUCAAAAAGGAUAUGUUUUUGCAAAGGCAAAAAUGAGUCUUGAAAAGGGGAUUUUGUUUCCUUUUCUUCUCUGUUUCCCUCCCAUUCUUUUUGUAGCUCUAAUGCAAGUGGAAACAGCUUGAAAGAAAGAAAACAAGCAGAAGAAGUGGAAUUUCAUUCUCAAUAUUUUGUACUAAUAGUAGAUUCAAGAUUUUCUAGUAUUAGAAGUAAUGACAACAAUUAUUUGUUUUUAAUGUUAAUAUUUUAAUUUAUAUGUAGACAGCCCCUUGUGCUCCCUUUUGCUGCGACAUUGAAGAUCUGUCUAGAAUUUGUCUUUAUGG